UGUGGUUUAGCCUGCCAUCCCAAGUAUGUGCUGGGAGCACACCAAGCUGCCUGCUAAUUCUUGAUUCUUCAAGGUAGUUUGGGUAGAGGAUUUGUCUUGUCAUAAAAAACAUCUCUUUUACUAUGCUUCCCGUCUCUACCUUCCUAGCAGGUCCAGAGAUGCCCUCUCCACUGGAGAUAUGGAUGGGGUAAAAGUUCUGUGGUUUUGGACCUUGGAGGUUGUGAUGGCAGCAGCAGUUCUGUUCACUGACAUGUGGCAUUCUAGCAGCUUCUCAGUUUGGUUAUUAGAUGCAAAGUCCAGUCACAGGCUUUUGCUGCCUCAUACUCUUGCAGCUAUCCUGUGAAUAUGGGCUAAUUUAUCUGCUAGAGAUAAAAAGGGUUAUUCCAGACCCAUGAAUCAUUGAGCUUCACUGUAUUCUGUUAUGUACAAUUUCUUGUGCACAUCUGUUGUACUCUGUGCGUAGAGAUUAUUAUAGCUGAGAUAUUUCCCUCAUUUGUAUGUGUAUGUGAGUAUCAGCAUUAGAAUUGGAUAAAGAUCAAAAAGGCAGAGACUUGGCUAUAUCUAAUAGUAAUUUUGUAUGCAGUAAUCUACAAUGAGAGUUUUGCAUCUCAUUCUAAACCUUUGUUUAGUUUGAGUCUAUCAAGUACUGCUUCUGUCUCUUGAAUUUCCUUUUUUACUAAUCAUGGAGUACAAUCAACCUGAAGCAAUAGUCAGCCAAAAUCAGAGGGAUUACUAAAAUUAAGAAAUAACAUAGAAUCAAUCGUAAAAUGGGCUAUGUUGGAAGAGAUCUUAAAGAUCAGCAGAUGUUCUGACAUAUGUCACACAGAGCUUAUACCACAAGUAGCCAGCUAAAGUGGUUGUAAAAGUGACUUAAGAUAUAAAAUCACUAGUUUUUAUCACAAUAUUUUCUAGGUCAAGAUUUUAAGGGGCAGCUGGUGUGUUACAUAGAAUGUAAGCAGAUUAAAGCAGACAUCAUAAAUCAUAGGGGUUUUAGUAGACGGAGAAUAAAAACUUGAGUUACAUGACUUAAUAUAGUUUGCUGAAGUCAUCACACUUGUUCUCCCUAAUGCUCUCUUGCUAUUACUAAAUGGAGGUACAUGAGACAGUGGGCAGCACCAAUUUUUGAAUAUGGGCUUUAAACACUAAUGUGUCUUUUAGCCAAUGUCCUCUGUAACUACAGACGAGAUGAAGCAAGAAUUCAGGAAUAUAUGGCUGUUGGCCUGUCCAAGUGAAUUUAGCUUGCAUUCACAAUAUAGAAAGUUGUUGUGUACUCAGCCAUGUGAUGUCCCCAGCCUGAAGAUUUCACUUCUUUUCAAUGAAGAAACUCCCUCUUCUUGAUACUGAAUAAAAAUGUAGCAGCAUGCAAGGUUUAAUUUUACAAAACCUAAAUCUUUACUCUGAUGCAACUGUACCAUGCAACAUAAAUAUAGGAAAAAAAUAAGUACCUAAUACAUCUGAAGUUAUGCUCCGUGUGUUGUUUCUGUGAAAGAUUCUUGGACAGCCUUCUGUAAAACCUGGGGAUGUGGAAUCAGAAUUUGAGCAGUUAGAAGUUAGAUGCUAAGCAGUAACUUGAAUUUACCUACAAUCCAAAUAAGAUUAUAGAAGUUAGGAGGCAUGGAUAUUGUUUAAAAUUAUUGAUCCCCUGUAUGUAUAAUUUCCUUCUUCUUCACUCCUGAUAGCCCUUUGAUAGCUGUGAGCUUCUGCAGUUGAGGUAUUGGUUGAGGUGUAUGACACACUAGUGAUUUAUUCGUGCAUUAACCACACAUUGUAAGCAUUGAUUCAGUGGAAAAUGAUUGUGAAACUACACAGCAUGUGAGUGAAGCAUAGCCCAGAAGGAGAUGUUGACAAUGCAUCUUUCCAGUUCUGGUUACUGGUAAGGAAUCUUAUCUUCUGAUUGUCAACUUCAGUGUUUCCCCAAACUUACCCCAAGAGCUGGUAUGCAUGCCAAUGCCUGCUUGUGGUUACUAUGUUCCAGUGCAUCUCAGAAUCUAAAAUCAGCCCACAGCUUCUUUCCUCUCAGUUGGCAGUGUCUUAAAGAUUCCUGUUCUCAACUUUUGAAAAAGAGCUGCAUGUUCCCACCAGGCAUUUGAAAAACAACCAGGCAGAAAUCAUCUUACUUUUCUCUUAUCUCCCUCAUUCCCCUGCCUUGCAGUGGAGCUUUUUAUUUAUCUCUGCCUUUAUAUAGUCUAAUAGGAAAAUGGUAAUAUAAGUUUCAAGAGCUGGAUACAAUAAAAUACAGCUGUUUCCUCUAGGAAGGUAUCUUCUAAGAGAAUAGCUUUAAGUCACAAAGCAAAACUGUUGAAGAAGUGUUCUCAGAACAAUUUCCAGCUCUUACAGUGUAAUUUUUGGCUGUCAGCUUGCAUUUUUUCUGUUCUCCUUACUUCUUUCAACUUUUGAUAUUCUUCCACUACAAUCUUUUCUUUUGUGCUUUAGAGAGGAUUCCCAUUGUGCUCUUCCAUUUCACCUGUAUUUCUAAGACCCAUAUUUAGUCUGCUGAACUUUUCCAGAGGGAAUCCUAUAUUCUUGAGCCCUGCAUUGCUCUUUCUUCUUCGUCAUAGCAGCUUUUGCCUAAACCUCAGCUUCAGCAGGAUCUCUGAAUCUGACCUGGCAUUUUUCUUAGUGUAGCUUUGCUUAAGCUGCUCUAUUCUAGGAACAGCUUAUUUGAUUUCCAUGCUUUAUUGUUUAGCCAUAGCAGAUUGAUAGAUAUUUGGUGACCUAUUUGGACUAUUUGUAGAACACAAGUUUAUCAUGAGUUGUUUCAGCAGUAGCUUAUCUGCAAAAAAACCCAUACAGCCUUAAUUUGAAAACAAGUGAUGAAUUGCUUUCCUGGUCUUAAUUACACAGUAUUAUACAAUAUUAGUAAUAACUUAAUAAAAAGAAUAUUGCUAAUAAAUAUUUUUAUUUUCACUUAACCUGCAGCUGAAUUUUGUUGCAAAAAUAGCCCAUAAACUACCAGUAGUUUCUUCUUGUGGAAAGGUGAAGUGGAUGAUGUACUGGAUUGUGUUUGCCUUUUUCACCACUGCAGAAACACUUACAGACAUUGUUCUUUCUUGGGCUGAGAGAUGCCCUGUUUAUGGAGUUUUCAUGGCUAUGGAUGAAAGACUAAAUGAUACUCGAAGAAGGUUUCCCUUUUAUUUCGAGCUGAAAAUUGCAUUUGUGAUUUGGCUGCUCUCCCCUUACACCAAGGGCUCCAGUGUCCUCUACAGGAAGUUUGUGCACCCAACGCUCUCCAAUAAGGAGAAGGAAAUUGAUGAAUACAUUACUCAGGCUUGUGACAAGAGCUACGAAACCAUGAUGCGAGUUGGCAAGAGAGGGUUAAACCUUGCUGCCAAUGCAGCAGUUACUGCAGCUGCAAAGGGCCAGGGAGUUUUGUCUGAGAAGCUUCGAAGUUUCAGCAUGCAGGAUCUCACUCUGAUCCGAGAUGAAGAUAAUGUGCAUAUGCGAAGCCGUGAUCCACAGCUGCACCCCUCUGCUGCGAGUCUUCUGGAAACUAUUGAAGACUCAGCUUCCUGUUACUCCUCAGGAGAGGAGAGCAGUGUGGCACAUCGAUCUAAUGGAACCCCAUCAGAUACUAGAACAGACCCAUCAGAUGAAGAUGCAGGAGACAAACUUCCUAAACGUACCCAGAGUCUCAAAACUCCUAAAAAGCUUCCAGUGAGAAGUGUAAAAGCCCGCCCUAAGAAGAAAGCUGCUGGCUCUCUUGCUUCUGGCGAGUCAUCCUAAGGCGACCUCCCCCUCUCAGCACCUGUCUCUCUCCUGGGAUUUGCCUAUCGCUUUUGUGGGGAAACUCUCCAAAGGAAGGGAGCUGAGAUUCUUGUACAUAACCGAUACUGCUUUACAGAGCUCAUUCCAAGGCAAGGGGGAGGCUGGGAUUCAGAAGGCAGAGUAGAGGAUACAAAUCCUCAGGAAUUUUCUCCUUUUCAUCUCUCUGUUGGAGAGAAUGCUGAUAUGUCUGUACAUAGCCAGUUGCUUUGGAAUUCCCACUGUAUAACUCUAGUUGAGAAUCUUUGCUGGGAAAACUGACUAGGGUUAGAGACAUCCAUUGCACAGAAGCUGGAAAAAUACUAGACACUUGAGUUCCGCAGGGUGGGUGGCUAUCUAAAAUGUCUUAUCUUGCUCUGGGUAUUCUCCUGCAGCUGUGUGUUGUUAAGAAGUGCCCACCUUGAGUUGUGUUCCUUAAGAAUGGACUGUACCUAAUAUGUCCAUCACCUUUGAGAAAGUGACUGAAGUGAUGUGUGCUGAGUGCUUUUGAACAUAAAGGACUGGCUCAUGGGAGGUAUAUGCUAGAUUCCCACUACUCAUACUGGAAGAUGAGGAGAUUGGUUUUUAUUUUAUUUUUUCUGGAAGGGAGAUAAUUGGAAAAACUGAUAAAGGAAAUGUGCUAUUACAAGCACAUUAUAUGAUAGAGUAGGUAGAAGUUACUGUUGAGAAGGAAAGUUCAGCGUCUCUUAAGUUUUGGCUUUGUGAAACUGCUUGAAUUUUAUUUCAGGUUCUAAUGCUCACUUUGACUCCUGUGAGAGCAUCAGAAUGAGGUGGGUCUCAUGCAGUUCGAUGGCAAACAUACUCGCUUUGCCAUUUAGCAGUUGAACUCAUUGUCAUUGUCUUGCCUGUUACUUCAGACAAAUUCUUUUAUUCUAGAAGAUGUCUGGGGAAAAUCUGUCUCAAAAUAGUCUGUGGGCAUACUUGACAAUUUCAGAAGCCCUCACUUCUCAGCUUUAGGAGAGUCAAUCCUCAGGACACGAGAACUGAAACAGUUGGUUGAAUUAACAGUUGUGUUCCUCUAACUUCAGGAUUUCGUUUAUGGGGGAUAAAAAGCAAGCACUAGGGCACAAUACUGGUUAAUACUAAUUAAUCUGUCCUCUUGCUUUAUCCUGCUGCAGCCCUUGCACAGAUUUUCUGUCUGACAUGUGCCAUGCUUAUCAAUGUCCUGAGACUCAAGAAAUACUUAACGCUUGGGACAGAAAACGACAAGGAAUGUAGAAUAUGUAUUGUGGGAGGGAAAUUGUGGUGCUGCAGAAAAAAUUUGCAUAAUGACAAGCCAUGCUAGUCUCUUGAACGUUGUUAUGGGGAGGACCCCUGUACACGUACCAGCUGAGCCAAUGAAAUUUAAGAGUAGGGUUCCUGUUACCAAGAUCUAUAAUGAAAGUGCACCAUUAUAGACACGGGUGUCUGAAUUAAUACUUGAUGGUCUUAAUUUUCACUGAAAUUAGUUACCAAAGGAACCUGGCUCCUACAUGCAGGUGUUUGCGUCUCAUACUUUUGCUGUCACAUUUCUGAAAUUACAGUGAAUUCUUCACAGAGCCCAGUAUUUUGCUGUUGACAAGGUAUAAAAGCAAUUCUGCAGCUAAUGCUCCACAAGUAUUUCUGUCCUAGAGAAUAGCCUUUCAAAAGUUUAUAAAGUUGAAGAUUAGGACUGCAUUUUUUUAUUGUUUUCCAUUGUCUUGGUGACAGAUUGUUUGCUGUUGAAUUCACCAGUUAUUUCAGGAAGCCAGUUAAGUUGGGUUUACUAUUUUCUGUAGAUUUAAAAAAUUUAAACUUUACAGUCCACGUUAGAAACUUGCGUCUUGUCAGAAAUAUAUGUCCUAAAUUAUCCACAAGCCCUUAUCCAGAAGCCAGUAGAAAAUCCUUGAUUUGGUUCUGCGUUUCAUAAAAAAACCCCAAUUAUUUUGUUCUUUUUUAGUUUAUUAGAAAACUUCAUAUUCAUGUCUUACUAGCACAUGCAAAUGCAUGUCCUGAAGCAGGACUACUUCUGUUUCCAAAUUAAAUUCCUCUCUCCAGACAACAGAUAAAAUCUUUCAUGGUUGUGUGGAAGAUCCAGUUGUGAGGAAUUUCUGUCCUAGACUUUACUGAGCAAGAGAGAACCAUUGUUCUUUAUGUACCAAGUAUGUCCAUGACCAUGUUUCUUGAUUUUUACUUUUUUAAAAUUAAAAUUGUGCAUAGCAAAUUAUUUAUGUAAAUCAUUGUGAGGGACUUGAUUUGGAAGCCAAGUCUUCCCUUGUGCUGAUCUGCUUGCCCUUUCCUUGUGCAUGCACUGUGGUAUUCUACGAUUACUGGAUUUCCAUGGAGCGACUUUCCAGAAUCUUCUCUAGAAUCCAUUUAUUUGUCAUGGCUUUUCUGCUUUGAAGCACAGAAAGAAUUUCUGAAGGUUCAGUUCUAGUAUUUGGAUUAAUCUUUGUCUUCCUGAGCUGGGGCUUGUGCUAAGAGCUUUUACUUAGCAUUGAUGCUUGAUAUCGUUACCUUGUGGGUAAAUAUGGGUCAAUUUUACUCUGACUUUUGUUUAUACAGGGGAAUUGGCUUUUGGUUGCAAGAGGGUGUCUACAGUAGAGUCAGGGACUAUCUAGUGUGUGAUAUGAAGCUGAUGAUGUCAAGCAGCAGAACUUACCCAGAGCAAGACCAAUGUUUUAGCAUGGAUACUGUUUUCUUCUAGUACGAAUGUGACUGCUAGAUUGUGCUUUGCUUGAUCAAAGCCACUGCAGAUCUACCACCGCCCACGUGACCUCUUACUGAGUUUCUAGAUAUAGUUCUGCAUUGGAUGCACUGUCUUGCAUAGAAAUUCUCUUGUUAAUGAGAACGCUGAAUGUGCUGUUUUGAUAAAAUGCUUUUAUCAGCUGCUGUUCGGUGUUUUCAACAGGAAAUGCUGGAAUGUAGUUUCUCUUCAGUAUCAUCUGUGGGCUUCAUCAUGCAAUUAAGCAAAUGGUUAAAUCUUCACCUACCAGUAGAACCCUGUUGUGUUUGGUGAAUGUUCAGAGCCUUUUCCUAAUCUGGCUGGCCAUAGAGAGAAGUGCAGUAACAGAAAAUGAUACUUGAAGGUGGGGGCUGAAGAGGGUGGUAUGUGUGUGUCAAACUUCGUGUGCCUGAAAGUUACCCUAAAAUACCUGUACCAUGACAUACAAAGUUGAAGCCAUGACUGCCUUUUGAAAAGAAAUGUUUUAUUUUCAUGCUGUGUGGUAGUACGAGUCAGUGUUUUGCUGUUGGAAAAGAAAAUACUGAAAUGUGGUUUCCUGUGUGAGAAACUUAAUGAUUUGUUGCAUAAAAGGGAAAAAUGUUUUCUUGUUUGGCAGUAAUCCUCCGUGGUGGGUAAGAAAUAUGAAAAUACAGGGGAAACAACUGUCAGGUUUUAAACCUUUACACUUUACCUAAACAUCAUUGUUACCUACUUUUUUAAAAUCGAGUUUGUGAUUCUCCAGCUUUACAUUUUUGGGACUGAUUUCCUUUAGACUAGAGUGAUUUCCUUAGUAGGUAGAGCGUAUAUAUAGAGAGGGGUGCUGGUGUUCUUAAAAUUGCAAAGCUUGUUCUGGGGAAGUUUCACCUUCCCUCAUUUUAGUGAAUUGAUUUCCAUUCAUUGUGCUCUUGCGGUGCUGGGCUUUCUUUUAUACAUCCCUCUUGGAAGUAUGACUCCCUCACAAAAUACUUCCUUAGAAAGCAAGAUUUCUAGAGAACCACAACUUUGCAGAAAUGGUUAUUUGUUCUGUGCCAUCUUAAUCAGCAGGAACUUUAGUGCCUUAGGAGAAAAGUAAGAUAUCUAUGGAGAGCUGUGCUGGUUCUCUGAUCUACGUAUAGCAUUGUAUUAAGGAGGCUCACAAGUUAACUGUGAAGUGUCAUUGUGUGUUUGAGAGCAGCUGUUGAAUUUAGCUGUUUGCUUUCUGUCUUCCAAAGUUGCAUAUAAUGCUGGAAAGUGUGAAUUGCUCCCUAAGAGAGAUAUCUGGGGGAAAAAAAAAAGUUGUAUUCUAAUGUGACAACACGUAUUGUCACAUUACUGCUUGCUGGGCAGAUGCUGAAUGACAUCUCUGUGUAACUGGUCUGUACUAUAGCUUUUCUCGCUGUAGCCACUAGGAGUUUGUAAUGUGCUGUCUGGCUGAAGCAUCUUUUGGUGCUGCUUUGUGAGUUGUCUUGCAAAGCCAGAGAUGUGAAAAGCCAGGAAAGCACUGCAUGAGUUACAUGAGUUUGUAGAACCAUAGAGAUUCAGGUCAGAGUUGGAAGGGGCCUCCGGGGGUCAUCUAGUUCAACCUCACAAUUCAGUACAGGGCCACCCACUGCCAGUUCCUGUGUGCUAUUUCUGGCCUGGAACCUGUUGAGUUUAAUGCUUAAGAGCUCAUAAUAUGUGCAGAAAUGCAUAUGCUGUAUGGGAAUGUGUUUCAGUGUUACUGAGGAGAAAUGUUUCCUGGUCACUUUUCAUCUAGAAUUUGGCUCUGUUGCAAGACACUAUAAACAUAACUCGUUCUUAACGUUCCUUAUAGGUAUUGCUAAAAAGCCUAGAGGCCUCAAAAAAGAUCUUGAGGUAUGCAGAUUAAUUGUGGAAACAGUUGGUUUUAACAGUAAAUGGACACAAUAACUGCAUAGCAGCUAAGAACCUGUCCUGUGAGAUAGAUAGCAUUAGAGUAGAAAAUGAGCUGUGUAUUUUACAGAGUUGUCCACUAAAUACUGCUAACUUUCUGAGCCUCAAGCAACACUUAAACUGUGCAUUGUACAGAUGAGAGCUUGAUUUCUUUUUUGAGCCUGAUUUCUCGCUUGGGGUCAGUCUCUGUCUGCCUCCCUCCCUCCCUUCCCCCUUUGCUUUCCCCUGCCCCCCCCCAUCCCUUUCAAACUGGGCUUGAGCUACAUACAUUGAGAUUCUUCAAACUUUCAUCCUUUCAGAACAAUAAAGUUUUACCUCAGCAGGCAACUGAUCUGCAGGGAGGACCAGAUGAAUAUCAAGUAUCUCUCGUCACUUUUGUAGAUGUGUUACGCUGGAGAAGCAUUAGCAGGAAGCUUCAGAGGAUAUGUUUGCCUGGGAAAUUCUACCCUCUGCCCCCUGCCAAAGCCUGCAUUUUUGGGUGAACUAAAUACCGGACUUAGCUAUGCUCAUAUGCAGUUAUCUGCAGAAUCCCACAAUUCAGUGUCAGAAUUUACAGUGCUCUAUUAUAGAUGAUAACAGGAAUUAAAAUAAUACAAAUUGAAAAGAAACAGUGGCAAAUUGUGGUGGGUUUUUUUUGCAACUUUGCAGGUAAAUUUAGGUCAUUGCUAUAUACGCCUAAAAUCUUUGCCUAAAGCUCCUUGCAAACGAUCCGUUACUUUCUCGCUCUCUUUCAGAGCUCCUGUUCUUCUGCGAAUUGGUUCUGUUUUUUAUGUUUACUCUUAUUAAGCAAGGGCUGGCUUCCAUUUUACUGACUGGAGAUGUGAAAUAUACUGUAUUAGAGCUGUCAUUUAGCUUUUUCUUUUGUUAUUUAAACCUAUGACCUACAUUGAUAUGUGUAAAUGGUACAACAAGGCCUAAGGCUAGAUUCCCAGGUGGAAUGUAAGGAUCUAUUGCAAAUAGCAUAGUUUGACAUAUUUCCCUUUUCUUGCAGUGGUUUCUGGCUGAAAUGUGCUUACAGCAGACCCUUUGGUCAAGAGCAUUCUAUCAGCAUUUAACCAAAUAAUGUUAGAAGCAGCAUUUAUGGGAAUAAUGCAAAAAUAAGUGAACACUAAAGGAGCAAAAGCUCAAGUCUUCUGUAAUAUAUAACUGUCGAGGCUAUGUAAAACCCUAAAGCAUUUCUGGCAGCAGUGGAAAUGCAUUGCUAUACUGACUUUCAAAGAUAGGGCAUUCAGUCGUGGUCUUUGUAGCAGGUUUGGGAGGAAAGUUAGUUUGGAUGGCAAGCAUAUGAAGUUUUACAUACCAAGGAACUAAGUUUUUAUCAAAAGUAAUGCUUAGUAACUUACCAAAAAGAAAAAAUUGACUAAAAUUAUAAAAUGGAGAGAAAUUUUCCUGAUUGUCAAACCUAGUAUUGAAUAUAAACUUUCUGUGUUUGUGUUGCUGCCUUAUUUGGGAAAGCACUGCAUUAAUGAACUCGUAAUUUCUGACUCCUCUCUUAGAUUAUUUCUGAAAUGAAUCUCAAAUUAGAGAUGCUCGAGUUUGACUCGGCAUUUUAACAUCCAAGUCCCCUGUUAGCACCGUGUUGAUCUGAAGGCAGUACAGCACUAGGAGGGUUGUGAAUUACUUUUUGUCCACUAGAGGGUGUAAGCAUAACAUAAAACCACUGAACAUGAGGGAGCAGAGACAGGUCUAGUAACAGUUAGUUCAAUUAUGGCAGUUGAACAGCAAUAUUUCCUAGGUAUGAGUGAAGGUCCUCCUUGGGGGUGAGGGGGAAAACAACCUGGGGCUCUUAAUGGAGAAAUAUGAAAUAACACUGCUGUUAACCUCUGACGGAAAAGGCUAUUCUGGGCAUUCUAAUUGAGCCACUGCCCAGUGGGGCUUGCUGAGACAAUAGCAUUGCAGAAUAACUGUCCUCACGUUUUAGUUUUUGCGGUACAUUCAAGCCAUUUUCUAGCUGUGGGAAGCAGCUCUGAAAAUGGCAAUGUUUGUGAUUCCCCCCUCUCCACAGCCCUCUUCCCCCCGCCAGCUUUUGCAAUUGUGUGUUGCUCUACUUUAUACUCUGGAUUUUAGUAGUAUUUCCUGGUAAGGAUGAGUAUUUUCUUUCAGUUGGCUCUAUUUUCUCUGAAAAGAGAAGCAACUUUAAUCUAAAAAUACAGAUGUAUCUAAUGUUACUAUGGUAAUUUGUGACCAUGGCAACAGAGAGUUAGCAUUCUGAAGAACAGACACAGAUUUGCUUGGUUUUUUGGUUGGUUGGUUUUUUGGGGUUUUCUUAAAGUCAGUGACCUAAUUAAUGGUGCACACAUUUCACAAAAUGAACUUGACUUUUCAUAUUUGUUAACCAUACAGGAUAAUAUGGGUCCGUGGGAUUUUGACAUUCUUACAUGGAAAAGCUGAUGUUAGAGCAUAAUGUAACAGUAUGAGAUUCUUUCUAAUUUGAGAAGUUCUUUUCUUUGCAACAGCAUAGAUGGAGACUUGCAGAUUGAAGGUGGAUCCAGGACAUACCAGGAUGUUUCUGUAGGAAAGAGAAAUAGAAUCUAGAGUAGUCCUGGGGAUUCUUGAAUGUCAGAUUUUGGGGGGAAAAGCAAGAAGAAUAAAAUAUAUUCGUUUCUAUUUUCCCAUCAUAUGAUCAGCAUUUGGUGAACCAACACAGUGCUUUUGGGCAGGUGCUAAAUUUCAAGUACGAGUUGUGGAUUAUCCUGACGUGCCCCAUCCCAAGAGCAUGUAGUGCAUUCAAUGAAACAUUUAGUAAUGAUUUAAAGAGUUAUAAGAAAUUAACUUAUUAUUGAGGGAGGUAGGAAUGGGCUUUUGUGGCUAAGCCUUGUAUGUAGUGUAUUUAUGUCUGCCAGUAUAGAGCUAACAUAAAAAGGGUCUCUACUGUCAACAGUCAAUGUUGGUUUUAUAUAAUGUUGUGUGCUGAUGUAAGUUUAGCCAAAACCAAACCACCGAUUUUUUUCCAAUUUUUUCCUUUUUCCUAGGCUCUGUUGGGAAAUCUAGCAACUGAAUGGAAAUUACAACAUUGCUGCUAUCGCUUGCUUAUUUGGGGCGAUGAAUAUAUUGCAUUAAAUAGAAUUAAGCAGCAUUUAAUAGCUUAAUUUUUGUAAAAGCCAGCUGUUGUGACCAUUCUGUAUUUACCACAAGAAUAAGGUAACUGAUGGCUGGAACCACUGUAGUGCAGGAAGGCUACUACUUCUGAAAAGGGAAAGCAGAGAAAAGGCCAAUGCAAACUGAAUUGGUUCAGGUAGUGCAGUUUCCCAUCUCUGAUACUGCUCAGUUUAUUUGAUGACCAGAGGGUAGUUUGGAAUUAAACACACAUUGGAAAACGCCUCAUUAUGCCUCAUUAUGACACUUGUCAGCUUUUUACCCAUGUGCUGAAGCACAGUGGUGUUAAAUACUGGGUUAAUGGAGUUUUCCUAAGAAGAGCAGUUGUUGGAAUUCUGUCACUUACUUUUGUAGUCAUUAAAUUUGGUCACUUGCUGCAGUGUAACGACUUAAAUGUACAAAACACAGGUCUUGUGUUGUGCUUUCUUUAAUACCCAGACUCUUCUUAGGUAUCUUUUAACAUUCUCUUUUUUGAAGUGCCUAUUUUAAAGGGGCCAUUGCUUAUCUUCCAUUUCUAUCCAGAGUAUAAUGCAAAAGGUUUUAACAAUGCAGAUGUACUCUCAUUCCACAGGGUGGCAACUAGUCCUUAUUUCUCUUCUCAAUUAUUUUGUCCUUUGCCACUAGAAGUGGCUUUCCUGGCUAAGUUCCCUUCUGACAUAUCAGGGUAAUACACAUGGAAAGACAGCCCUUCUCUUUGAGUUAAAGAGUAUUUGGGAAAGCUCAUUUUACUACGUCUAUUCAGGCUGUAUCAGCUUGCUGAAGAUUGCUGAGACCAAAAAGGCAUCAUCCAAGGACUAAAUUUUGAAUGCCACUUCUUGUCGCUAUCUCAUGUGGGUCUCUCUGGUAAGUGGUACUGCCAGGAACAGCUGAUCACAAGUCUAUGAUGGCACCUCUAAAGAAAAAGUUGCUGUGAUAAGGUUUAGUUAUUGAUGUGGGUGGGGGAGAAAGGUUCUGGAGGCUAUUUAUUCACUUUUUAUUUCCAGUUUGUUUUGACAGAUAAAUGUCUCAGAUACUUUGAAUUUAAAUCUACAUGUGUCAUCAGAACAGGCUUAUAGAUUUAUUCAUUGAAGGUAUGGCUUUUUGUUCUUUGCUAGUGAGUUUACAUACCUUUCUCCCCCCUCAGUUUCUUGCUACUGAUGCCUGUGGAUAUUAUUUUUAAAAAUGCUGUUUUGUUAUCUUUUCAAAUUGUGCUCCUAUAUAAUUUUAGUUUAUCUUCAUGUCUUAGGUGUUUAGUCUUCUGCCUUUCCCCCUCUCCAUUGUUGAAUGAAUAAAUACAUGAAAAUGAA